UGCCACUAGAAAGCUGUUUAGAUGGAGGGGAGUGGAAGGGAGGAGAAGGGGCGGAGAAGAAGAGGCGGGGAAGAGGAAAAAAGGAAAAGAGAGGAGGCGCCCUCAGACCUGGAAAGGUCAACUAUGGCUCUCCAAGGGGUCCGCGUGCUGGAGUUGGCCGGCCUGGCCCCAGGCCCCCACUGCGGCAUGAUCCUGGCCGAUUUCGGGGCUCAGGUGAUACGUCUCGACCGGCUGGGCCACCAGGGCAAGACAUGGAUGGCCCGAGGCAAGCGGUCCUUGGCCUUGGACUUGAAGCGGCCCGAGGGGGUGUCCGUAAUGCGUCGGCUCUGCAAGCGGAUGGACGUGGUGAUGGAGCCCUUCCGACCCGGUGUCAUGGAGAAAUUUGGACUUGGUCCAGAAAUUCUGCUAAAGGAUAAUCCAAGACUUAUCUAUGCCAGAUUGAGUGGAUUUGGUCAGUUGGGAAGAUUGUCUAAAGUAGCAGGUCAUGAUAUCAAUUUUUUGGCCUUGUCAGGUGUGCUGUCGAAAUUAGGGAGGAGUAAUGAGACUCCUUAUGCACCCUUAAAUCUUCUGGCUGACUUUGGUGGUGGUAGUUUGACAUGUGCAUUGGGUAUUGUGCUGGCUCUUUAUGAACGUACACAGUCUGACAAAGGUCAGGUCAUUGAUGCAAAUAUGGUGGAAGGAACAGCAUAUCUAAGUUCUUUUCUGUGGCAUUCAAAAAAUUUAGUAUUCUGGAACCAGCCUCGGGGAAAGAAUAUAUUAGAUAGUGGAGCACCUUUCUAUGAAACUUAUAGGACUUCAGAUGGGAAAUUCAUGGCUGUUGGUGCCAUAGAACCUCAAUUCUAUGCAUUGCUGAUUAAAGGACUGGGAUUAAAUUGUGAUGAACUUCCAAAUCAGUUGAGUAUUUCUGAUUGGGAAGAAACAAAGAAGAAAUUUGCAGAUGCUUUUGCAAAGAAGACACAGGCAGAAUGGUGUAACAUCUUUGAUGGUACAGAUGCUUGUGUGACUCCCAUUCUGAGUUUGGAAGAAGCUGCUCUUAAUGAACAUAACCAAGAACGAGGCACUUUUUUCACUGACGAACAUCAUAAUGUGAGCCCCAGACCUGCUCCUUUGCUCUCAAGAACACCAGCUAUUCCUUCUACCAAAAGGGAUCCAAUGGAAGGAGAACACACCAAAGAGAUACUUCAAGAAUUUGGGUUUAGCGAGGAUGAGAUUAAUCAGCUUGAUUCAGAUAAAAUUAUUGAAACAAGUACACCAAAAGCUAAUCUGUAAACUCAUAAUUAUAAAGCUUAGUAGAUUUGAAGAAUGAACUUCUGAUGCAAGGUGAUAAUUAAAACUUUAUACAUGGAAAUAGGAAAUUAUGAUAUUAUAUUUGUUGUUAUAGUCUAAUCAGAAUAACUAAUAACUGAAAAAUUAUUUGAGUUGUACAAUUAUGCUAAAAUUCAUUACAGAUUUUUCCAUAGGAACUUUUGGCUUAAGACUGUUGUAUUUUUAGGGUAAUGCUCACACCAGAUGCUUGGAUAUAAAAGAUGUUUUUUAACUCAUUUUUUGAAUGUUUUUGCUAAUGUUGAGAACAUGGAAGUGCCUUUAAUGUUUUCAAAUGAAUUAAAAGUCAUUUUGUAAAACAUAAAAAUCUUAUUUAAUAAGGUUCAGUGAUGCCUUAAGACAAAAAUAGGAAAAAUCCAGUGGUCUUCAUCAAGUCUAAUUUGUACCUGGAGCACCUUCCCUCUUUGAGAAGCAACUGAACAACAACAAAAAAAAAACCUACUUCAUAAAUAUGCAAAAAAGAAUUUAAAGGUUUUCCUUAGCACCCUCCACCAUAAUCUACCUAACUGCGUAUUAUAGAGACAUUUCCCUAACACCCUCAGGUGUUCUCCACUACUUCCAUUGAUUCUUUCAAAAGCAAUGAAAAUCCUCCCCUCUGCUUGUUUCCUUGUGUUUCUGACUAGUGAAUCACUUUCCUUCAUGUCUUCCUGCCCCCAUCUACUUUUGCUUUUUUUAGACUGCUCUUCCAACUUCCCCACUGAUCUCUACUCAAUAAAGGUUGAAAACACAAUUGA